UUCGGAAAUUCCGUAGCGACAGAUUCCGUGCACUGUAGGUGAGGUUCGCAGCUUCUGACCCUCUCUGAUCCCGUAGACCACAAACACCGUUUGCUUACAGCCUCCAUGAAUGAACCAGAAGAGUAAUGCAGGCGCAUUUGCUAUUGGGGCCGAUCCCCAUCCCCAUUUCUUCUUCCUCCUCUGCCAUCGGUUUCUACUCCUCCCUCAUCGCCGAUUCCCUUCGCCGGACUUACUCCUGCAACCUCAUUUCCAAAUCAACCAUUCCCCUUCCUCGAUCCAAUUCCAUCGUCUGUUCUUGGUCCGCGGCCAUUGACGGCGACCGCAACCAUUACGAGCUACUCGGUGUCGCUCGUGCUGCUUCCUCCAAUGAGAUCAAGAAAGCUUUUCGUCUGCUUGCUCGCAAGUAUCAUCCCGAUGUUAGCAAGGAUUCACGAGCAGCUGAUGCCUUCAAGAGCAUACGUCAUGCAUAUGAGGUAUUAGCCAAUGAAGUGACGAGAGCUCAGUAUGACCGAGCAUUGAAACUUCAAGAAAGUACCAACAGGCGAUAUAGAGGAAAGUGGUAUUAUACUCCUGAUUUUGAAGAAAGAUCAAGAACCUAUAGAUGGGCUGAACUGAAGCAAAAGAUACAGUAUGAAAGAUAUAAUAAAUAUUAUAGAUUUCGAGAGGAUUCUUCUCACAUUGAUGAAGAUGAGGAGGAAGGAAGCAGCAGCCAACUUAGAAGCCCCUUCCUAGAAGUACUGAAAUCGACAUUUCUGUCUUUAUUUUUACUACAAAUGUUCGGCUCCCGAUUGUCCCUCACCUUUAGCAGCCUGGUGGCAUUGCUCGACAGGAAGUUGGAUUCAGGAUAUAAGAUCGGCUACGUUAUUGCAUGGCUUUUGGGUGGAAGGGCAGGUGUUUUACUAGCUAUAUGCCUCUCAUUUGCAAGCUGGGUGUGUGGGAAAAGUAGCAGCAGUGUAGUUGCUGUUGUGGUAGUGGCUAUGUGGGUGGGAACAAAUCUUGCAAGAUAUGCGCCACUUCCUCAAGGGGCUGUUCUUACUCUUUUGUAUAUGUCCAUCAAACUUCAAGUUGAUUUGAACUGAAGUUGAAACUUGUACUGGCAAGCAGAGAAGGUGUGUAUAUGGCUGUUUUAUAUGCUUCAUGUUUGAACAUUGCUCGUAAAAGUGGCAAUGGUAGGUGCAAGAUUAGUUCACAUGGAGUUUGUUUCAAAUUAUGUGGAAGUGUUUGACCAAUUUUAGAUAUUUAUGUGUAUAGCAACCAUCUUUGAGAUGUGUAAAUUUUAGUGAUGUAUAAAAAAAAAGUUGGUAUUGGUGUUAUCACUGUUCUUGUUU